UAAACGUAAGACGUGAAUCUGAUCGUCUGGCAUCAUUGAAGGCAACCAUUGGUGUAAUCGCGAGCAAGUGUAGCGUUCGAGUGAGCAAAAGAGCGAUUGUUCCCAGUGAGAAGAGAUACAGAAAGACGAAAUCAAGAAACGACGUGAUGCAGCGAACAGAAUAUACACAACGACCUCACAACAACACUGGCGAGUCAGAUAAAGAGUCUGUGACCACUGAAUCAAUGGAAGUCAGUUACCCAGAACAAGGCCCUGACCACGAUGAGCUUUUGGAGAGAAUGAAAGCUGGAGGGUCAGUUAAAUUUCAACUUGAUGAUGCCGCUUUUUUGCAAGAUACAAAGUACAGUUCUCACAUAUGGGUGAGAAGCUUGCCGUGGAGAUUGAUGGUUAUGCCACGUCCUAGUCAAAGUCCACGGAAGAGCCUAGGUGUGUUCAUGCAGUGUUGUGUACAAGAAAUUAAUGCCGAUGUUCCGGUAGGAUGGUCUUGUCUAGCUAUUGUGACGUUCAAGGCCUAUAACCAUUUGGAAGGAAAGGAAUAUCGUGAAAAGAAGGUAGACCACACUUAUGAUGCUAAAGAAAAUGAUUGGGGAUUUCCAUCAUUUCUUUCUUGGGAUGAAGUUAUUAAUGCCAAUAGUGGGUUUGUGAAGGAUGGUUCUAUCUCCUUGGAAGCUCACGUCUUAGCAGAAGCUCCACAUGGAAUUGACUGGGAUUCUAAACGGUUCACAGGUUGUGUUGGUCUCAAAAAUCAAGGUGCCACAUGUUACAUGAACUCGUUGCUACAGACUCUCUUUUUUACUAAUCAACUACGAAAAGCUGUGUAUCAAAUGCCUACUGAAACAGAUGACUCUGUGAAGAGUGUACCACUUGCAAUGCAAAGGGUGUUUUAUGAGCUACAGUUUAGUGAUCGUGCAGUAGCAACGAAGAAGUUGACUAGGUCUUUUGGGUGGGACACGUGGGAUUCAUUUAUGCAACAUGACGUGCAGGAGCUUUCAAGAGUGUUGCUUGACAAUCUAGAGAACAAAAUGAAAGGAACUCAAGUACAGGGAACUAUUCCAAAACUGUUUGAGGGCAAGAUGGAAUCGUAUGUGAAAUGUAAGAAUGUUGACUACAAAUCUUCAAGAACAGAGGCAUUCAUGGACAUUCAAUUGAACAUCAAGGGCAAAAAGAAUCUUUAUGAAUCAUUUGAUGAUUACAUCUGUGUGGAGUCAUUAGAUGGUGACAACAAGUAUGAUGCAGGAGAUCAUGGAUUACAGGAUGCUGAGAAAGGGGUUGUGUUUACAAAGUUUCCACCUGUUUUGCAUCUGCAAUUGAUGCGAUUUCAGUUUGAUCCACUGACAGAAGCAAAUGUGAAAAUCAAUGACAGAUAUGAGUUUCCCGAGAAACUAGACGUUACAAAAUAUUUGAAAGAUGGAGAAGAAGCGACACCAAUUUGUUACACUCUACAUGCUGUUCUUGUUCAUAGUGGAGACAAUUAUGGUGGUCACUAUGUUGCAUAUCUCAAUCCAGAAGGAAAUGGUCAGUGGCUCAAGUUUGAUGAUGACGUUGUUUCGUUGUGCAGCAAUGAUGAUGCUGUGGAAAACAAUUUUGGCGGCCCAGUGAAGCCAGACCAGCUGCCAAGUCGAAGCUGCACCAAUGCCUACAUGUUGGUUUAUAUCAAGGACAGUUGUAUGCAAGAAAUUCUUGCUCGUGUGUCUGAUUUGGAUAUACCGAGUAGCUUGAAAGAAAGAUUUGCUAAAGAGAAGCAUCAAGAAGAACAGAGAAGAAAGGAAAGGCGGGAAGCUCAUCUUUAUGUCAGCAUUGAAGUGUACACAUCAGAUUCUUUUCAUGGUCACAGAGGACAUGACCUUAUUGACUUUUUAUCAGCAAAACCUCUAUCAUUUAGAUUUCUUAAGACUAUGGCAGCAGAAGAAGUCGAGAAUGCAAUUGCUGACAAUAUGGGAUAUGGCUCUGGUCAGUUGCGAAUGUGGCCUAUUCAACAACGAGAGAACAAUACAUUGCGGCCAGCCUGUAUUGUUUCUGAAGAAAGGAAAAAUCCAAUAUCUGACUUUUCGGGUGGCAGUGGCAAGAUUCGAAUGUUUGUGGAAGUGCUGAAACCUGACACUGGUGCAGACCAGUUGCCCGAGUUUACUGUCAAUGAUGAUUGUAUGCUAUUUUUCAAAUUUUAUGAUCCUCCCACGAAGACAUUAUCAUAUGUUACACAUUUUCCAGUUCCUGUCAAGACAAAGUUUUCUGAACUAGUGCCAGUAUUAUCAUCACACGUUGGUUUACCCAUAAACACACCCUUGCAACUGUUUGAGGAGGUACAACCGGAUUUAGUUGAGCCUAUUGACCUCAGUAAAGAAAUUCGCCAGGUUGAAGAUCUACAAGAUGGUGAUAUUGUGUGUUUCCAAAAGGUUGAUGCUUCAUAUGCAAGUUUGCUGCUUCCUACAGUUGGAGAUUAUUUUAGUGAACUUGCCAGUCUGGUUAGUGUUUGUUUUUAUGAUGUUCUGGAUCAAUCUGAUCCUGGUCUUAAGUUGGAGUUGUCGUAUCGGCUCAACUAUGUUCAAAUUGCAAAGCAUGUUGCCAGCCAGUUGGAUGUGGAUCCUCUUAUGAUACAGUUUUUUAAACCCCACCCAACAAGACAAGGUGUUCCUGGGCAGUCGGUUAAAUGUUCAUUUGGUGGAACUCUUAAAGACCUUCUUAUUAUCACUACUCGGUGGAAUAUUCCUCGUGUUCUCUACUAUCAAAGAAUACCAAUGAGGAUUGAUGAGUAUGAGACCAAGAAACAACUGCACUGCACUUUCUUUAGCUCCAACUUGAAAGAAAUGACGGAGAUAAUAGUUUUUGUCAAUGAAGAUGGAACAGUUCAAGAUGUGUUGAUGGAUGCUGAGAAACAGCUUGCUGCACAGGGUGGUGGAUCAAGACGACUAAGGCUACUCGACAUAGUAAAUUCAAAAAUCUACAGCGUUUAUCCACAAGAUGCACAUGUUGAUACCAUACCACAGAAAGUGUUACGACUCGAGGAAGUUCUUCCUGAAGAUCUUGAUCUUGAUGAUAAUAAGCUUCUGGUGCCUGUAGCACACUUUCAGAAAGAACCUAUACAAACAUUUGGUGUGCCCUUCUUUUUUGUUGUCAAAGAAGGUGAGCUCGUCUCAUCGUUGAGACAUCGAAUAUGCAAGAAACUGGAAAUAGGGGAAAAAGAGUUUGAAAAGUACAAACUAGCUCUAGUACACUCUGGUCGUGCUCAUUUCUAUCCUGAAAGUGAAGAUGUCACCAUAUCACUAGAUGAUUUUAGGCCCCCUCCUCGAUCACACGUGGCAGGGUUUGGAAAUCAUGCUCUUCAUGCUGCAACGCCAUGGCUUGGUCUUGAACAUGUCAAUCGAACACCUAAACGACAAAGAGUUUUCCUUGAGAAGGCAAUUAAGAUAUUCAACUAAGCCUUCUUUUUCUAUGGUUAGCCGGCUGUACAUGACUGAUACUAUACAAAGUGAAUUAUGUGCUUAAAUAGAAGUACAGUGUAGUUACUGUCGAUCCUAACUUCUGCCUUCGUUGCA